CCCUGGGCAUCCCGCUUUCGGUCCAGAGGAUGAGGCUUAAAGGGCUCGUCUCCCCAGGACCUUGAGGCCAAUGGCAGGAACCGGGGCAGAGUGUGUGGGAAGACGGUGUCGGGCGGGGGCGCCUCCUGACCCGUGACCAGCAGCGAGGGGCGCCGAGCCUCCUAGCAGAGAAGAACCGCGGGAGCAGUUCCUGGACUAGGCUCUCGAACGUCCUCCCUUCGAACUUAAAACAAGGAAGAGUCUAAAAGUAGAAGGAAAGGCAGAGGGCCGUGGCCGCGAGGCGGGUAGAAGGUGUCCCCCCCACGCCACCCCGCCCGCAGGAGCCUCUGGGCAGCCCCUGGGCAGCCCCUGCGGUGGCGGGGCCGAGGCAGGGGGCGCCGUCAGCGGGAGGAGCCCGGGAGCAGGCGAACGGGCCGGCGCCCUGGAGGUGGCUCCGCGGGACCCGCCAGGUUGCCCCCCCAGAGCGGGGCUAAGUGACCAGGAGCAGCCAGGACGCAGGCGGCUCGCGGAGGAGGCCAGGAGGCCGACGGGGCCAGGGGCAGAGUCCCCGCCCUCCCUUGAACUAUCCGGUCUGGCAGCUGGCUCCUGUCAAGCCUAGGGAGGCAUUGGGAAACCACUUUUUUUUUUUUUUUUCUAAAGCCUAAAGGCCUUACUUUGGGGUUUCCCCCUGCACCUCUGCUUUCCCCUGAAGGAAGCCGAGAGAGGCAUCUGCUUGUCUCAAGAUGUGGUCAACUCACCUGGAGGGUGUGGGAUUAGGGUGACGCCAGGUGUAGGGAACCCUUCGCCUUCUCCCCGAGUUUAGUGUGGGGUUUGCAGGGAGACAGUGUAAUCAAAGUCCAGAGGUGGCAAGGGGCUUAAUGCUCCUCACACUAUGGGGCUGCAGAGCUUCCUUCCCUAGGGGUCCCUGGGCCCUAUGGGGUUCCAGGCUCCUCAGGUGGUUGCCUCCUGGAACUUUAGGGUCCCGGUGUGAAUUGUGGGGCUUCCCUACCCCAGCGUAAGUUCCUGAGCUGCCCCUCUAGAUGCUUCACUUUUAUAUAAUUCACCCAUGAGGGCUUCCUUAGAUCCUCAGCAGCCCACACCUCUUUUCCUCAUUUCCAUGGAAACUGAUGCAGGUUCUUUUGGCUUUCCCCACUCUCUAGAGCUCAAAUCCUAGGUCUGGGGGCUGCAGAAAUAUCACCCCCAAGUCUCCAGACUCCUGAGAAGGCAGGCCUGAAAAAUCAAGUCCUCACAGCAAGGGGGGAUAGAAUGUAGGAUGGAGUUUUUAGGUUGUGCUAUAGCUUCUGAGGUCCCCUGGGAGUGUGGGUGACUGUUUCUAUCUGGAGGGAAAGUAGGGAUGGGGUGCAAACGCUUUGAGAUUCAGAACUCUUAGCAUUAGGAUAGUCUGAAUUAGAUCUAAGCCCACCUCCAGGCAGGAGGAAGCCUCCUUGGGAAACACACUGAGCCUGGUCUUGGUGCACCUGAGGCUGAAGAUGUUUGUUUGGCCUGCUGGACACCCUCCCUUGGCCCUGGCUGGACUUGUCCUGGGAGCCUCUUCUCCAUACCCCGCUCCUUAGACUGCCCAAAGGGAUUGUACAUUACUGACAUGAGUCAUUUCAAAAUCUUUGUAUUGAACAGCACUGCUGGGCCAGGCUAGGCGGCAGGACUCACCCUGACUUCCUCCUUGCCCUGGGCAGAGGAGUAGGCCUCUCUGGUCUCCCCGCUCCACCACCCCACGCACAGCUGCUGGCCUGACCAUGUGGAGAGAUGAUCAUCAGGGUCGCUUGCCUUCUCCUCUGGGUCUUCAGAGCUUUCCUCUGUCCACCUCCACUUAGCCAGAAUUGACAGCUACCGGUGCCCAUCACCAGUCUGUUCGAGGAGCAAGGCCUCUCUGCAGAGGGUGCAGCUGGGAACUAUAAAAACUGAUGUAGUGGGCAAGGCUCUACCCCCUGCUGUGAACCAGGCUAAUGUAUAAUGACCAUCAGCAAGCUUAGGGAUGGGGGGCAAUGGGCUACAGGGUAGUGGAUUAAGAAUGUGGUCUUGGGGACCCAAAUGUCACUUUUUCCAUGUUCACAGUGAGUCAGAUUUCCGAGUUGUCUGGUCUGGCCACUUUCAUUUCCCCUGGGUCUGGGUGGAGUUUGGUUCAGAAAGGGGAACUGAGCCACCAGUCUUUUGAGGCCUGGGGACUGGGCUGGGGGGUCUCUUACUCUUCCUGUCGCAGCCCGGAUCUGGGCACUGCUCUGAAGAGAGGCCUGCCCGAUGGAGACUUUUUAGCAGCGUGGAGGUGGCGCUUAACAACUACAACCCAAAAAGACCCCUUGGCCAUGAACCAGCCUGCCCCCAGGGCACCCCCUCCGCCGCGCCGCGUGCGACUGAAGCCCUGGCUGGUGGCCCAGGUGAACAGCUGCCAGUACCCAGGGCUUCAGUGGGUCAAUGGGGAAAGGAAAUUCUUCUGCAUCCCCUGGCGCCAUGCCACGCGACACGGCCCCAGCCAGGAGGGGGAUAAUACCAUCUUCAAGGCCUGGGCCAAGGAGACAGGAAAGUACACCGAGGGGGUGGACGAGGCGGACCCAGCCAAGUGGAAGGCCAAUCUGCGCUGUGCCCUUAACAAGAGCCGUGACUUCCGCCUCAUCUAUGAUGGACCCCGGGACAUGCCGCCUCAGCCCUACAAGAUCUACGAGGUCUGCUCUAAUGGCUCCGCUCCUGCAGAGUCCCAGCCUAGUGAGGAUUACACUUUUGGUGCGGGAGAGGAGGAGGAGGAAGAAGAGGAAGACGUGAGCUCGGGGCCAUUCCUGGCAGCGUCGGCCUGCACUGACGUGCUCCAGAGGAUGUUACCAAGCCUGAGCAUCACAGAAGCAGUGCAACCUGGCCCCCCCAUGGCACCCUAUUCUUUACCCAAAGAGGAUGUAAAGUGGCCGCCCACCCUCCAGCCGCCUGUGGUGCUGGGCCCUCCUGCACCAGACCCCAGCCUGCUGGGCCCCACCCCUGGCAACCCUGCUGGCUUUGGGGAGCUUCUCCCUGAAGUCCUGCCGAGUCUGCAGCCUGGGCCCCUGGCUGCCAGCCUGCCCCCCACAGGCGAACAACUCCUGCCCGACCUGCUAAUCAGCCCCCACAUGCUGCCUCUGACGGACCUGGAGAUCAAGUUCCAGUACCGGGGGCGGCCACCCCGUGCCCUCACCAUCAGCAACCCCCAGGGGUGCCGGCUCUUCUACAGUCAGCUGGAGCCCACCCAGGACCAGGUAGAGCUCUUCGGCCCCGUGAGCCUGGAGCAAGUGCGCUUCCCCAGCCCUGAGGACAUCCCCAGCGACAAGCAGCGCUUCUACACAAACCAGCUACUGGAUGUCCUGGACCGCGGCCUCAUACUCCAGCUGCAGGGCCAAGAUCUGUAUGCCAUCCGCCUGUGCCAGUGCAAGGUGUUCUGGAGCGGGCCCUGUGCCUCGGCCCACGGCUCACACCCCAACCCCAUCCAGCGGGAGGUCAAAACCAAGCUUUUCAGCCUGGAGCAUUUUCUCAAUGAGCUCAUCCUGUUCCAGAAGGGCCAGACUAACACCCCACCGCCAUUUGAGAUCUUCUUCUGCUUUGGGGAGGAGUGGCCUGACCGCAAACCCCGAGAGAAGAAGCUCAUCACUGUACAGGUGGUGCCUGUAGCAGCUCGGCUGUUGCUGGAGAUGUUCUCAGGGGAGCUUUCUUGGUCAGCUGAUAGUAUCCGGCUACAGAUCUCAAACCCAGACCUCAAAGACCGCAUGGUAGAGCAGUUCAAGGAGCUCCAUCACCUCUGGCAGUCCCAGCAGCGGUUGCAGCCUGUGGCCCAGGCCCCCGCUGUGGCAGGCCUCAGUGCUGGCCAGGGGGCCUGGCCCAUGCACUCAGUUGGCAUGCAACAAUGAGACUGCAUGCAGACGGACAUUGGCACAGCUUCCCACCUGGGGGUGUGGGCUCAUGUGAAGGGUGAUGGCCCCAGUGGGCAUCUGACUGGCUACGGGGCCCACUAUCUGGGUGUCCUGGAGUGGGUUUGCACGGAGAAGGGAGAGGGAAGAGAGGUCCAAGUUCCAGGCUCUUUCCCGUAGCAUCUGAGGGAAGCUGGAAGCCAGUUUUGCUUUGAGGGCUGUCUCCCUGUAUGUGCCUCUCCUCUGCUCACUCUGGAGGAACUCAGCCAUAAGCCCCAGGAAGCAGAGAAGUAACUCCCCCACCACCCCUGGGGGGCUCGUUGAGAGGGAACGGUCUCAGAGUGGCCCACUCUUGUGGUUGCCCCAGUUCCUGUGGCCAGAAGAGCCAAGUGCUAUGGGCCAUGCUGCCUCAGCAGGGAUAGGCCUGAUCAGGUUGUGGGGUUCCCUAGUUUGGGCCUCACUUCUUCACAUCUCUCUCCUUCCUGAGAAGGGCACUUAGGUAUCAUACCGGAUCCUUAAGGCCAGCAGCUACCUCCUUGGGGUAGAAAUGGAAUUUUAUGUAUUUUUCAAUUAAUAAAUAUUAAAAACAGAUUCAGCUUACUUUUUCCAGUA